GCUAAUCAAUGAGUUUUAAUGUUUGGUGACCAAGUUGUGUUUUAAUGUAGUAAAUGGGAAAAGCCGGCCAAGGUAUUGAAAUUGCGUAAUGGCAGAGCUAAUUUUACUUUACUUUAAUUAUAAUUUGCAAUUUCCCUGAACCUUUAAAUGUACUGAAAUUAAUCGGUUAAAGUUUAUUCACAUGGCCGUAAGUGGCGAAAGACUAGGGAAGUCAAGCACUCGUGUUAGUAGUGAUCUAUCCUUAAACAAUGCAAACACUCAUAGUAUUGGCAAGAAUAGUCUGCUAGUAUCCAACUGGUCUGAUGCUGCCAUUUCACAAAUUUCCACUAUCAGAUGUCAGGCAAAUCAACCACCACUAUCUUCAUCACCUGUAUUGAGUGCGUGUGGUGCUAUUUAUGGUCAAUUGGUAACAGCAGACCAGUUAUGCCAGUUGGAACAUUCAACCACGAAUACAAAUGAUGAAAUUACUAAGCCAGUCGAGAUCGGACAAAAAAAAGCUAAUCUAUGCCCAACUAGCAUUAAAUCAACACCAUAUGAAAAUAAAAUUCAAAAAACCGUAUCAACAAUUAAUACUAACGUAACUGCCAGUACAAAUGUUUGUCAACCUACUUCUCAGAUUACAGUGGCUCAAUCAGCUUACGCCAAUUUAGAUCCAACAAUCACUAAAAUACAACAACAUACUAACAGAGAUAUUCAUCAACCUAUGGAAUUAUCACAUUCACUUGGUUCAGAAUCAUUUAUAUUUUCAUGCCAUUCCGAUGUUCAACCAACUGCAAUGGAUAUAGGUGGACAACCAGGUAGUCCAUCAUUAUCAAAAAAUCUUACAACUGUAGUAUCUAGUUGCUUACUUCAAAGUAGUACUUCACAGAGCGGAUUAAAUACUUAUUGUUAUCCUAUUUUUCCAUUUUCUGUUUCCACUGCGGAUGAAAUUACUUGUAAUUCAACAUUAUGUAAUCAUGUCAAAGAUGUUGGAUUAGGCAAUAAUACUCGUGGUACUAUAGUUACUCAUUGUGAACCAGUUGUAAAUGUUAGUAAUCAGUAUCCUUGUCCUCGAGAUAUAGAACAACGACCUGUCAUAAAAAUGUCAGUAAAUCUUAUUCGAACGUAUAAAAAUAUUAAUGAGGUAUACUACCGAAAGAAACGUCGUAUUAGGGAACAAAUUAGCGAGGAUAGUAUUCAAAAAAGAGAUCGUAAAGGUUCUGUUACUUUUGGUAAUGGUGGCGGACCGGCUCCUUCAUGUCAAAAUGGAUCUACAGGAAGUUUAACAGGAGUUAAUGUUGCAACUGUAGCGAAUACAGCCGCAUUAACAUGUCACUAUCAUCAUUAUCAUCAUCACCAUCAUCAUUGUGUAGCACCACAAUCUACAUUAUCAUCACAAAUUCCUAUGGUACCUCCACAUCGAUGUGGUAUUGGUUGUAAUAAUAAUAACAAUCUUGUCACAGGAUCUAUUUGUUGUACAUCAUCUUCAGAUUUACAAACACGAUCAUCUGGAGUCAAUGGCAUUAUCCAGUCACGACAUCAAGGACCCUCUAUAGUUCAAAUAAAACAUCAUCACCAUCCAACUGUUCUCCAUCCUAAUCAACAUUCUAUUUCCAAAGAUCUAACUACUUCACAUCUCUCUCACCAUUCUCAACAACAUAUCUACGAUCAAGGUUCAUCAUUUCCUUCUUGUAAUCCACCUAAAUCCUAUCCAUCGACUAAUUUGAAUAUUGUUACCACUGCUUCUGGAUUUCGUACUGGACUCACAUUAACUUCAACAAGUGUUGGGACUGGUCCAUCUAUAUACUCCUGUCAAGUUCAAUCAAAUUCUGUUUGUCAAUCAGCAUCAGCAUCAUCGUCUGUAUAUCCAUCACAUCCUCCUCAUCCUCAUCAUGGACUUGUACGUAUUGGUGAUGUCUGGUAUAAUCGGUAUAAAAUUCUAGCCUUAAUUGGUAAAGGUACAUUUGGUCAAGUUGUUCGUGCUUUCGAUGAAUUAACUGGAGAAGAAGUUGCUAUUAAAGUGAUUAAAAAUAAACGUUCUUUUGUACAACAAGCUGAAGUUGAAAUUAAAUUACUACGCGAAAUGUCUAUAUUUCAAGCGAAUGAACAAUUAGCUACAGAUGUUGGAGCUAAUUACAUUGUUAAUUUAAAAGGACAUUUCAGUUACCAUGGUCAUUUAUGUUUAGUAUUUGAAUUACUCUCAUAUAAUUUAUAUGAUUUACUUGGUAAUACAAAUUAUCGUGGUGUAUCAUUAAAUUUAACAAGAAAAUUUGCUCAACAAUUAUGUGCUGCAUUAGUAUUUCUAUCUAGACCCGAUGUACAAGUAAUACAUUGUGAUUUAAAACCGGAAAAUAUCUUGUUAGUUAAUCCAAAACGUUCAGCAAUUAAAGUCAUUGAUUUUGGUAGUUCAUGUCAUGUACAUGAAAAAGUAUAUCAAUAUAUUCAAUCAAGAUUUUAUCGCUCUCCAGAAGUAUUGUUCAAUUUAGACUAUGGUUUGGGCAUUGAUAUGUGGUCACUUGGCUGUAUUUUAGUCGAAAUGCACACUGGCGAACCAUUAUUUUGCGGAGCGAAUGAGCUUGAACAACUACUCCAAAUUAUCGAAGUGCUUGGUUUCCCACCGGUGUAUAUGAUUGAAGCUAGUCCUAAAUUAUCAAACUUUUUUGAAUGCAUACCGGUAAAUUUGAAUUCUACUUCAACAACAACAACAAACGUAAUCAGUACUUCUACCACUGAUGGUGGUGCUGACUUUACUGCCAAUAAUACUAGUAUUAAUCUGGCGUCGAACGCUACUGUUGUCAAUACAACGACACCAUCGACAACUACAUAUGGUACAUUAACAACUACAAUUAAAACAAACACAAUAGUUGGAGAUAAUACGACGGCAGCAACAACAACAGCCACUGUUUUAUCUUCAUCAAAAAUUACUGCCAUUAGUAGUAGUUCGGCCUGUGGUGCUGAUUGUAUUAAUUCUUGCUCCAAUAGUACAAAUGUCAAAAAUCCAGUCAACCCUGAUGUUACAAAUAACUGUGAUAGUAAUAAUAAUAACUCGAAUACGUCAAACAAUAUAACUGAUAAAUUGAAUUCAGGCGUAUUAUUAUCAACAUCUGGGACUGUAUUUUACAAACCGAAACGUGUAUGGACUAAACAAGAGUGUACUUACGAGUGUAAAUUCGCUGGAGUUGGAACAAGAACAUUGCGUACAGUUGUUGGAGCUGAUAUUGGUGGGCCUAAAAGUUGUCGUCGUGGGGAACAAGGUCACACACCUGAAGAUUACGAUAAAUUCGUCGAUUUAAUCCAACGUAUGUUAGUAUACGAACCACGGUUUCGUAUUCGUCCAGAGGAAGCUCUAACGCAUCGCUUUUUCACUCGUAAAGAUGAAGGUGGACAACAGAAACAACAGACUGGUAACAGUAGCUGUUCUACAACCACUUCAACUGUCAAUCCACCACUUACAACUUGUUCAAUAAUAACGACAACAACCAAUGUAAUUGUUAGUAGUAUUAGUAGUACUAUUACUUCUACUACUACUACUACUACCCCAGUCGUCACUAAUACUCCUGUUACUAGUUCCCAUACAAAUACAGUAUCUUUUUCUCGUCAGUCUGUCUCCAUGAAUAAUGAUAAACAGUCUCCUUCCGCUAAUUUAGCGCACUGUAUUCAUGAAAAACUCCCUUCCAGUAGUAGUAAUAGUAGUGGUAGUAGCGCCACCACGACGAUGACGACUACAUCUCAACAUUAUAAUUCACAGCAGGACAUUAUGAAUGCAUCCUAUUUAACAUUUUCUCCAAGUCAAGAAAUUAAACUAUCUGGAUCAAUUGUUACUUCUACUACUUCUGCCGUUCCACCACCACCAUAACGACUUCGAUCGAUUAAAUAUCCCUUCAUAUUACUCAUAAAAAGUCAGUAAAUAUGGAUGCAAUCCUGAUUGGUUUCUUUGAAAUCCUUACAAUGUUAUAGUACGACAAUGGUAUUGUUGUUAGUGAUUAUGUAAUCUGUUUCUUUAUAUUAUUUAUCUGCCUAAUUCAUUCACUUUGCUAGUUUUAUUCCCUCUUCUAUUAUGAUAUGUUAUAUUUUUUUGUGUGUAUAACUUUCAAUCUUUUUUAUAUCUUAUAUAAAUAACUUUGUUACUGAAGUACACUCUCAUGAAUUAUCUUCAAUUACUCAGACACAAGCAUUAUGUAAUAUGAUAUAUAUAUGACACGUGUGUGUGUGUGUGAACAUCCUGUAUAUUUGUUGUCAGUGGAUAAUGGUAUGAGAUUGUGAUGAGGAAGUCUACUCCCAUUCUCCUCAACGCGAUAUGUAAUUGUGUAGACAUUCUACAUAUUACUGAGAUUUCACCCCGGUUUUGUAGUUGAAGUCUAUUCUUAUUUUUUCUUUCCUGUGCGCGCCCGCCCUCUCUAUGAAUUGCAUUCAAUUUACUUCAUAUGCUAUCGAUCAUUCUGUUUCUUAUGCUAUGCAAUUGAGUUUUUUUUCUCCUUUUCUUUCAUCCCCGACACUAUCAAUAUCAUCCACCUUAAUUAUUUCUAAGCAUAAAUAAUAACACACAUUGAUGAUGAAAUUCUCUUGAAUCAAUCUCCCAUAUAAUAUGCUGUUAUUAUUUAUUUAAUUAUUAUUAUUUAGUUACCUUUUUUGAUUCAUUCAAACACCACGAAGCUUUUAUCAUGUUUCAAGUAUCACAAUAGUAAUCAUUCAAUUGUUUGUGUAAAUAAGAAUAAUACCAGUAGUAGCUGUUCUGGUUGUUGUUGUUGUUGUAAUAAUAAUGAUAACGGCAAUGAUCGCCUUUCUCCAACUAAACUAAUACACAUACAAAAGUAUGAAUGUAAUGUUUUAUUAUUAUGUUCUCAUACUCUCUCUUCCUCUCUUAAUUAAGAAUUAUUAUAAUGACAAUACUGUUUCUGUGUGUGUGUAUAUAUAUAUAUGUUAUUUUGAUGAUACUUUUCACACACACAUAUACAUGUUUCCUUGUUUGUUUCAAUUUGAAAAUGGGGAUAAGAAAACUGAAUGACCUUUGUAUGUUAGUCUACCUGGUAAUAAUGAGCAUAGUCUCUCAAAGUUAUACUGACCUAAUCAAAACAAAUUACUUCUUUUUUUUCUGGAUUAUGUUUAUUCUACAGAGAGAUAAAUAUGUUAAGUACAAGAUGUGAAUAGAGUAAUUAAUACCUCUAUAAAGAUUCUUUUCUUGAUGGUUAUUAAUUUGGCAGCAGUUGUUUUUGUGUGUGGGGGGGACGUUUUGUAAAAUAAUAAUAACAAUAACGUUCUUACCGUACUUCAUAAUCCAAUACUAUCAAUUAGAUUCAUGAACGUGUAAUCAAUUAUUCGAUCUUUUGUUUCCCAGCAAAGUUGAAAAAAUGUCUUCGUAUAGUAUAGACAAGAACUUGUAAGAUCAUUACUAUUUAUUCUCUUCUUCACUGCUGAUUAUAGUUUGCUUUCCUUCUAGACAUACAUUAUUUACUUCUAAUAAAAUGUAAAGUGAUGUUCAAACAAAGAAAGAAAGGAAGUAGUCAGUUCAUCAUAUAUUCUUCUUUUAUUAAUGAUAGUGAAUUAGUUGGCAGAAAGUGAAUAAACUAGUAACACUGAAUACACUUCUUAUUCUAGAUACAAUUUAAUAUCUAUUUUAUUAUUUGUAUAAAUGUAUUAUUAUUUUUAAUUUACUUUAUUUUACAUGGUUAUUCUUACUACUAUAUAUGUACUACUCUUAAUUGUUAUCAGUAGUUUAUCCGAAAUCAUUCAAUUCUUAAUGAUCGACUUCUUUUUUUCCCUAUAUUAGUACUUUAAUUGGGAUAGAUUAAAGUGUUAAAUGAAUUUUGUCUAUCAUUGGAUGAUAGUAUUCCUUUUAAAAUUUUGUUACUUGUAAUAAGAAAAAAAAUCUUUCUAUUUCCCUCCCCCCCUCUGUUCCUAUCUUAUUCUCUAUUGUUAUUAUCUCUCGCUCUCUGUUCUCAAGGUUUUUUUUUAAAAAAAAGUUUUUUUUCCUUUUUUCACAUUUUAUCAUUAACAGUUUUACUCGGUGUAAUCUUCUCUCUUUCUACAUAUAUAUAGGCCAAAUGCUGACAAAUUAAAAGUGUAUUCUUUUGAAAUAAAAGAUAUAGGAUUUGAUAUAUGUAUAUUAAGUGUGAUGUUCCCCCCUCUCCUUUUACAUACAUAUACAUACGCACGCACACAAUCACUUGAUUUAAUUAUUUUGUUGCUAAGUUAUUUAUAAAUUGUGCCUUCUUUCGUUCUUUCUUACUAUUAAUACUCUCUCUCCAAUAAGUGCUUAAUUCUGCAUUAGACAUAUAGUUCUUUUCUUGUGUAGAGUGUAUUUGUCCUCUUUUUUGUUGGUUUUUACUUAUGUAUAUCGAUCCUUUUCUUAUUUCGUAAAUAAUAAUAACGAGAUAGUUUAUAGGUGGCGUUAAAAAUGAAUCAAUCAAUGAUAAAUUGUUUGUCUUUUCUCUUUUUUGCUUGUUUUUUUUUAACAUUACUACUCAUUAAGCUAAUGAAUUGAGUGAUAGUGUAUUUUAAUAUUCAUUCUUAUGUAAUAUUUAUUUCGGUUGUAUUUUUUUUACUCUGUAUCUGCUUCUUCUUAUUGUUCUUCUCUUUUCUUUGAAUAAUAGCUGUCACUGGAUAUCAUAUGUACACAUGCCUAUGUGUGUUUACAGUUAUUUUUUUUGCUUGUUUGUCUAUUCUCUUUAUAAAACCAUUCAUAAUAAGGUUGCUUCUUUUUAACAAUUCAAAAUCAUUUACAACCAUGUAGUAACCUUCUAUGAUCUGUUUUUGUUUUCUUAUCAAUUUUUCCUAUUAUCAUCAAGUUGUUUUUUUUUUUAACGAAAGUAUUUCUUCUCCGGUGUAUGUGUUGUUUGGUUUCUAAUGUUGGCUUUCAAAAAAUUGAUACCUGAACGUAUUUUUUUGUUUAUUUUCCUAGUGGUUUCCCCCCCAUUUGCUCACUGGUUUCUUGAUUAUAUACGUUUGCUUUUAUUUAUUAUCAAUUUCAUAUAUACAUAUAUAUGUUAAAUAAACACGCUGGAGGGAGAUUUGUACUCUCUUGCUCUCUCUCCAAUUGUGUGUGCCUCUUUGUACAUAGUAAUUACUUCAAUCUUUGGAAUUCUCCCUCUUUGUGUCUACAACUAGUGAACUUGGGUUUUCUUUUUCUAAACAUACAGACUGACCUUUUUAUUAUCUUAUUAAUGAAAAUAGGCUCAUAAAUUAGGUGAUUAUCUUUUUGUUUUUCUUGAUUUUUAUCCAUGCUGCAUUAUUAACUGUAUUUUUUGGCGGGUGGGCGCUAGAUUCAAUAAAGAAUUACUUAUGAACUAUUAUGUCAUCUUAUAUUACAGCUUAACUUUGCACGUAAUCGAGUUGCCUAUCUUUUUUGCUGCCUACCUUUUUUGUUUUAUUCUUCAUAUACUACUUAUAUAUAUAUUCUGAUAUGCUUACUAUUUCUAUCUCUGUCUAUGGUAAGCAUUGUGAAAUCAUCAAAGCAAAUUAUACUACUAAUAUGAUUUAAAAUUUGUCUUUAAGACUAUAUGCUUUGUUUUUUUUCCUUUUCGGUUGAUUAGUUGUAUUACUUUUAAUGAACACUGUACUGGUUGUAGAUCCCUAUACAUACAUAUAUAUAUACAGAAAAAGCAAUAGGCAUAUACAAUCACUCAAUUGAUUUUAAGCUUUUCAAUUUUAAAAAACUAAUCUAAUUGAAUCCUGAAUGGAUCAUUAUUGUUCUUAUUAUUACUCAUAUGUACUUUAUCCCUGUCAGCCUACCUAUUAUAAACGUCUUGUGUACAUACUUAUACAUAUAUAUAUAUAUAUAUGCUUUAUUUGAAAUUAAUCCGUUUCAUCAUAUAUUUACAUAAUACUAAUAAUAAUAUUGAUGGUUAUUAUUAUCAUUAUUAAUUCAUCUGCAUCCAGAUUGUAGUUGGUUGUAUUAUGAUUAAAUAUUGUGGAAUGAUGAUGAUCCUAGUGCAUAAAAAUACCGUUCACCAGAAGAACAAGAAAACGGAAUAAAGAUAGUCGUAGAGAGGUAAAUCGUUCUGGUUUUUUUUUGUUGUUGAAUAUUUUUCAUCUGGUCAUAAAAUAGUGGGUAUGUAACUUUUUUUUAUCUGAAGGAGAUUGUGUUUUGUUCUGUUUUUUUUUUCUUUUCUUGUGUUCCUUCUUUGUUUUUUUGUUUCUUUUUUCCUUUUUUUGAAUUCUUUCUAUUUCAAUUGCUGAAGAAAAUACAUUUUCUUUUGAGAAAA